GAACCGACAAAAUGCGCCCUCCCCUCCCCUUCCCCCUCAUCUCCCUCUCCCUCCUCCUCACCCCCUUCCCAACCCACGCAACUGGAACCACCCCGCAAACCCCCUUAGAACAAGACCAAGUAAUCAAAACAGGCAACCCCCUCCCCCUGCCCGGCCCCUGGCCCUGGUACGCCGACCCGGAAGCCCACCUCUUCCCGCACACAGGCCCAGCAACCCAACCCCAGACCCAACCCCAACAGAACUACUGGAUCUACCCCACCUACAGCGCCGCCUACGAGCAACAAACCUUCUUCGACGCCUUCAGCUCCCCCGACCUAAUCACGUGGACCAAGCACCCCACCGUCCUCAACAUCACGCAGAUCCCCUGGUCCACGAACCGCGCGGCGUGGGCACCGUCCGUCGCCCGACGACCCAUCCCAGCGAACAAGCGUUCCAACCCCCCCAGCGCACCUGCAAACACCCCCCCUCCAGCCGAACCAACCCCCGAGGAUGAAACCGAAUACGAGUACUACAUGUACUUCUCCACCGGCGACGGCACGGGCAUCGGGGUCGCCAAAUCCACCACCAACUCGCCGGCGGGGCCGUUCGCGGACGCUCUCGGAAAGCCCCUGGUGAAUGGCACGGUGAUGGGGGCGGAGGCGAUCGAUGCGCAGGUUUUCGUGGAUUAUCCGGCCAGUCAAAACUCAGGAGGGGGGGGCACAGGGGGCGACGGCGACGGGGACAACGGCAGCGACACCACACCCCGCGUCUGGCUGUAUUUCGGGGGCUGGGGCCACGCGGUCGUGGGGGAGCUGGAUGCGGAGAGUAUGACCGCCCUGAAGGGGGGGUUUGUGGAGAUCACCCCGCCCGAUUAUGUGGAGGGGCCGUGGGUGUUGAAGCGUCGGGGGGUUUAUUAUUUUAUGUAUUCGGUGGGGGGCUGGGGUGACAACUCCUACGGCGUCAGCUACGUGACGGGUCCCUCGCCGACGGGGCCGUUCAGCUCCACCCCCACCAAGAUCCUGCAGGGCAACGACAAGAUCGGGACGAGUACCGGCCAUCACAGUGUGUUGACGAUCGGCGAAGAGUACUACAUCGUCUAUCACCGACGGUAUCCCAACGAUACGGCGCGGGAUCAUCGUGUCGUGUGUAUCGAUCGCAUGGAGUUCGACGCGCAGGGGAAUAUCCUGCCUGUGAAUAUCACGCUGGAGGGGGUGGAUGCUAGGCCUUUAUGAUUGCUUUUUUAUCAGAUGGAUGUCCUGGGGGUUGUAGAGUUACGCUGUGAUACUUCUUUUCUAGUUGUGAGCGCAACGGUGGACUCACAGCAGGACAGAAGCGUCCUUGUUUAAAGUACAUGUAUACGGGGGACGCCUAAAAUAAUAAAUCCAUUCGUAUUUCAUAUGCAGGUACAGU